AUGGGAAGGACUAGCACAGAUUUCCUAAACCUUGAUGCCAAGGAUUUUGAGGCUCACAUAACCAAGCUCUGGCCAACUAAGUGGCCCAAUAUUAGUGCUGCCCCUUUUUUGCUGACUGGUUUCCCAGGUCUGGAAAUAGCUUAUCACUGGAUCUCCAUCCCCUUCUUUGCAGUCUACUUCUCUGUGCUUCUUGGCAAUGGCACCCUUCUCUACCUCAUUAAGGAUGACCACAGUCUCCAUGAAGCCAUGUACUAUUUCCUGGCCAUGCUGGCAGGCACAGACCUCAUGGUGACACUGACCACAAUGCCAACUGUCAUGGGCACCUUAUGGUUGAAUCACAGGGAGAUCAGUCAGAGGGUCUGCUUCUUGCAGGCCUACUUCAUCCACUCGCUUUCCAUCGUAGAAUCAGGUGUCUUGCUUGCCAUGGCCUAUGACCGUUUUAUUGCCAUCUGCACCCCUUUGAGAUACAACUCUAUCCUUACUAAUUCCCGGGUAAUGAAGGUAGGCCUGGGGGUACUAAUGAGGGGCUUUUCAUCGCUUCUGCCCCCAAUUAUGCCACUCUAUUUUUUCCCAUAUUGCCAUUCCCAUGUUCUUUCUCAUGCUUUCUGCCUCCACCAAGACGUCAUGGAACUUGCCUGUGCUGAUAUCACAUUUAAUCGCCUGUACCCUGUAGUUCUGGUUGCUUUGACUUUCUUCCUAGAUGUUAUGAUCAUUGUCUUUUCUUAUGUCCUAAUUCUUAAGACAGUUAUGAGCAUUGCCUUCAGAGAGGAGCUAGCUAAGGCCCUCAACACCUGUGUCUCCCAUAUUUGCCGUGUCUUAGUUUUUUACAUCACUGUCAUAGGCUUGACCUUCAUCCACCGGUUUGGAAAACAUGCACCAUGUAUGGUCCAUCUUACCAUGAGCUAUUUCUACUUUCUCUUUCCUCCACUUAUGAACCCCAUUAUAUACAGUAUCAAGACAAAGCAGAUUCAGAGAAGCAUCAUUCGCUUAUUCUCUGUGCAAAAUAGAGCCUGAGGCUCUAUUUCAGAAUUUUGAGCUC